AUGCUGAUUUCACCAACGUCAUUCCUACUACCAUCAUGGCGCUAGCUAAGAGUGUCUACAACUUGCUCUUCAGGAGAACGUCAACCUUCGCCAUAACCAUUAUGGUUGGCGCUGUCGUCUUUGAGCGAAUGUUUGAUCAAGGUGGAGACGCGAUAUUCGAGCAGCUGAAUCGCGGGAAACUGUGGAAACACAUCAAACACAACUACGAGGAGGGAGAGGAAGAAUGACCUAUUGAAACACCGUUCUGUCUGAGGCCGGCUGCGUUCCCUUUCCCAGAGUUGACCCUGACGCCAUCAUCACCAUGGACUAUGUCCUCAUCUACCACAACCAUCGUCACCUACGAGUUUGUGGGGACAACGUAAAUGUUAAGGACUUCAAUGGAUUCAAAAGUCGUGGAUUGCUGGCGUCACCUCCUCUUCUCGCAUCCUUUCCUGCAGCCUCUUAUGUCUACGUAGCUAGCGUUAUGUCUAUUGCUUUGUGAGAAAAUUGCUAAUUUAAUGUAUGUUAAUAAAUCAAUCUACACCUCGA